CGGAGCUCGUGCGGGGAUCGGGCGGCGCGCGGUCCGCAUAGCAUCGCGCGGGGAGCGGCGCCGUUCGGCAGCACCAUGAAGGGCUGUCAGAACAAGUGCAUGGCCGGAGGAUGUUCAGAGGAAGCAACAAAGCACAUGACUGAAUCUUUCAAGGCUUCAGACUUGAUUAUCACCCCAGCUACGACUCUCAAGGAAAAACCAGACCCAAGUGGUUUGGUAUUUGGAACUGUGUUCACUGAUAAUAUGCUGACAAUUGAAUGGUCCUCGGCUUCAGGAUGGGAGAAACCUUGUAUUAGACCACUUCAGAACCUCUCCUUGCAUCCAGCCUGUUCAUCUCUGCAUUAUGCUACUGAAUUGUUUGAAGGAUUGAAGGCCUACCGUGGAGUGGAUGGCAAAAUCCGCCUGUUCCGGCCAGGCCUCAACAUGGACAGGAUGGCACGAUCAGCAAGACGAAUGACUCUGCCAUGCUUUGACCAGAAUGAGCUGUUAGAGUGCAUCCGGAAACUUGUGGAAGUGGAAAAGGAGUGGGUCCCAUACUCAACUGCUGCUAGCCUGUAUAUCCGUCCUACCUUAAUUGGAACUGAGCCAUCUCUUGGAGUGAAGAAGCCAACUAAAGCCCUACUGUAUGUCAUACUGAGUCCUGUGGGUGCUUACUUUUCAAGUGAAUGCUUUGAUCCAAUAUCAUUAUGGGCAGAUCCGAAAUAUGUAAGAGCCUGGAAAGGAGGAACAGGAGAUUGCAAACUGGGAGGGAAUUAUGGUUCUUCUAUUUGUGCUCAGCAAGAAGCCCUGGAGUUAGGCUGCCAGCAGGUUCUGUGGCUGUAUGGAGAAGAUCACCAAAUAACUGAAGUUGGAACAAUGAAUCUAUUUCUCUACUGGAUAAAUGAGGAUGGAGAACAUGAACUGGCAACUCCACCUUUAGAUGGGAUCAUCCUUCCAGGAGUGACAAGACAAAGCAUUUUGGAUUUGGCAUGCAGCUGGGGAGAAUUUAAAGUGUCUGAGCGUUACAUCACUAUGAGUGACCUGACAGCUGCCUUGGAAGAGAACAGAGUGAAGGAGAUGUUUGGGGCUGGAACAGCUUGCAUUGUAUGUCCUAUCUCCAAAAUUUUGUAUAAAGGCAAGCAUUUGCACAUUCCAACUAUGGAAAAUGGGCCUCAGUUAACCACCCGAAUCCUGAAUAAGCUGACUGAUAUCCAGUAUGGAAGAGAAGACAGCGAUUGGACAGUGCUGGUGUCAUGAAGGUGGAAGAGUUCAGACCCUCCCAACAGAAUAAACACAAAUAAUGAUAACUUCUGUAGCUGCCUGUGCGUAGCCUAGUUUCUGCAUCAGUUUGCUCCCUGGGAUGAUUGUUUCCACAAUCCAGUGAAUAUGAACACAAUCAUUUUGUUUUCUACUGUAAUCUUGUUAGUAGAAACCUGUCUUCUUGGUAGAGGUGCUUAAUGUUAGCAAUAGAUCUUUCCUGAUGGGUUUCUUAGUGCCUCCUUGUGUCUUAUGUACAGUCUAAAAACUUGUAAAAUGCUCUUCAACUGCUCUUCAGUUUAUUUGGUUUAUUUUAAUUGCCAUCACCAGCAGAGCAAGUUGUAUAAAGCAGAGAAAUUGCCUGUUAGUUGUCCACAGGGUUCUAUUGCCAUUAUUCUGCCUUUUGCUCUGUGUUCAAAAAACAAUUAAGUUUAACUACAUGCUCUGUCCUUUUCUAACCUGCUUGUAUGGGAAUUCCUGAAUUUUUGUAGCCUCGCAGAUUCCGUCAUCCAUAUUCUGUCAGAUAAUGACUCCAUCCUGUAGCCCAGAUGCUUAGCAUGGAUCUAGCAUGCAGCAUCUACUUGCUGGCCUGCUACUUUUACCUCUGUGGAGAUAAGCAGAGACUGGUAGGGCAGGACAUACCUCACUAGCAGUUGAAUACAUCCUUCAGUACAUGAUGUCCAGAGCUGAGCCAGACCAUGCUGACACCAGAAUUGCCCUUUGUCUGGCAUAGCAGAGAUCUGGGAGCUGCUGACAUAGUGUCGCCUUCUGGGUGAGUGCGUUGAAAACACAAACAACUGUGGUUGUAGAAGUUGAACCGCUCUUCAUUUGGUUGAAGGGAGAGCAACCAAGCCUUUGGAUUGAGGAUCGAUUAAAUGGAUUUUCCUUCAACAUCCAGCCAAUGUGAUUUAGAUCAGCAAAAAGUUUUCUUGUUCCCUUCACCACUCACAGGACCUUUCUGUUUAAGGAACAAGUCAUGUUGUCAGCAGAAAUUAUCUAGCUCAAGGAGGAAAGGGAUUUAAUUCAAACUCUGUUUUUCAUUUUGAUUAAGUAUGAAGUUAUUCGUAUUCUGCUGCUAUUUGGGCUACAUGCUCUAUAUUACUUCUGCAGUGUGGGAAUUAACUUCUGCAAGGGUUCACUAAGAAAUUGCCUGUAAUAUUUAUUAGCUUUCUUUUUUUGCACGCUGAUUUGUCAAAUAGCUUUAGGAUAUCUCUAGUCAAAAAGAUCGCUAUAUUCUGUAUCAAUAUUCCAAAGUGCUACUUCAAUGUAAAACUGGUGGAACUUCACUGAUACUAACAGAGUUCUGUAAGAAGUGAAAGUUUAUUUCACUUUCCACUUCCAAAAUUUAUUUCCAUGCUUUGUAGUAGGGGUGCACCAGUAUUAAGGGAAAUUCUUAGCACUUUAUUUUACUUUUUUUUAAAGAAGAUUCAACAGUAUUUCUCAUGCUUUAUAGGUUCUUUGUAAUUACUGACAUUCAUUAACAUAAUUUAAAAAGGCAAAACAUAAUUUCUAAUAGACCACCCAUGCCUUAUUACAGCUGUUGUAGGAUCAUAAUGUAUGGCUUUUAUCUUUAGAUUUUUUGGUGGGGGUUAAAGGCAACCCAUACUUAGCGAUCAGUUACUUUGCUUCCUCAAAUCAUGACUUUUGCUGUCUUUCACUGUGACCCAAUCUGAUUUUUUUUAAUGAAGAGCAGUUGGAGGUUGUCUCUGGUAAUGUAACUACUGUCAAAUUGUUGAACAGUUUUCUCUUUAGAAUACAACUGCAAGCACAAAAAUUUGUUUCACAGUAGCAAUAGUACUGUGUGUUCACUUUUCUGACCAUCCAAAUCAGUAUAGUGUGCUGGUCUUUGUUCAGUAUCUUAAUAUGUGCUACAAGCUGCUAGUAGUUUUCCAUUUUUCUUUAAGAAGAUGGGUGGAAAAAUAUAUCAAGGUGCAGAGUGGGGUAGGGAGUUUUAUCCAAUGAGUCAAGUAUCGUAACUAAAGAGUGCCUUUAACUAAAGCAUGGCAUGGAGCUUUCUGUUACUGAAGUAUACAGUCCAAACCCUUAUAUUCAUCUUGAAUUCAGCAGCAUAAGGAAAAGUUGUAAUAAUCUCACUUCAGAUGUGUGGAAAAGUGGAUGUAUGAUACCUUCACAUCACGAAAUCUUGAUAGAGUUGAUGGGUAUCUCGUAUCAAAAAUCCCCAUGAAGGCAUGAGUGUACCAAGGUCACUCUAUUCACUAGUCAGAAUGAGUAAGGACCAGUUUGAAGAAUUAUUUUACUGUGGUGCAGAAAGAACUUGAAAGUUAAGUAAAGCUCUUCUUAAAUUGGAUGCAAAUAAUUUAAUGUGAGGAAACAAAACAGUUUCAUUUAUUUGGUGUGCACUGCUGCCUGUACUGACCAGGGAGACAUCAUUCCUUUUGUUGCACAUACUGAACUGAUGAAGACUUCAGAAUAAUAAAUUUGAACCUGGAAUGACCCACAGAAAUGCACAGGCUUUUCUAGCUGCAAGAACUGAAACGUAGUGUAUGUAUAGUCAACUGUUCUUAUCAUUUGGUUACUUGCUUUAUUCUGGCUGUCAACUCAGCAUUGUGGUUGUUGCUAAAUCCAAGUGGAUAGAUUCUAGAUUUUAAACUUUAAAGCCUAAAUAAAGGGAGAUGUCAGGUCAGCAUCAUACAGGAAAUUCUGAUCUUGCAUGCUGUCCUAUCCCGCGUUCUGCCACUGUUUUUUAUCCUGUUAACCAAAGGAAAGAAAUAAUACAUGUAAAUAA